AUGGAACGCAAGACGUCCCAGGCUUAUGAUGCCGUUUUACACUUUGCUAAAGUUAAUUUACUGGCUGAGUUUAGGCCAAGUGUAAUUUUAACAGACUUUGAAACUGCGUUAAGGGAAAUGUUGAUAAGGCAUUUUCCAUCAGCCACAGCUCAUGGAUGCUGGUUUCAUAGUAAUCAAGCUGUGUGGCGAAAAAUGCGAAAAUUAGGUUAUUUAAAUCAUAUAAAUACCAAUGGAUUCGCAUUAAAAACUUUGAAGAUGAUUAUGGUUCUUCCAGUAUUACCAGCUGGGAAAAUUGAAGAAGGCUUUGUUGUGAUUAAGCGUUAUGUAGCUAGACAUAAUAUUAACAUGCGAGGACUAUUCAACUAUUAUGAAAGAUACUGGAUACGAAAUGUAGGCGUUGAGUUACUUUCGGUCUACAAAAAAAAAAAUUAG